CAAGGCCCAUGCAUCCUUACCGCGCAUUCUUACUAUAUGGGUUGACUGUAUGAUCAUCAUCGCCCGCGUCCAGGGUCACUUAGAUUUCAGCCCGCGCAGGCUCAUUUGAAUGGCCGCGUGGGGCAUCGGGAUUCCGCGCUCCACCCCAGGCGGGAAGUGCGCGGCGGCACCACCAUGCAAUGCACGUGUUCAGGCGCCCAGAAAGGGUUGCAGCCGCCCUGGCAGCGACGGCUGGGGGGCUGCUCACGGAAGUCGGUGCUAUCGAGCAUUUGGUCUCUGGGAGUUCGACCGCGCUGCCGAUCGUGGCGCGGUGGGCUCAGUGGUUUAGGGGCCCGGACGUGGGGAUUGUCGAGCCGGAUCUGGCUGAGGCAUUCAUCGACCACAAGAACCUCGGCUCGUCCACGGGCGCGCGUCGCCUUUGCAACGGCGAGGUCGACAUAGGCACCAUGUCGCGUGAUUGGCACACCGACGAGGCGACGCUUAUCAUGCGGAGGCCUGCGGGGCCGGCGCUGUACAGGUGCGCCGGGGAGGCCGGGAUCACCGUCGGGCAGUUGCCAAUCGCCUGGGAUGGCAUUGCGGUGUUCAUGCGGACAGGCAGUCCCGUUCAGCAUUGCUUGCGACACAUCGGGACGCCCGUGUCGAUGGAGCAGAUCGACUGGAUAUUCACUCGGAGCGAGGGGGAGGGCGGGGCCUGCAGGAGAUGGAAGGAUUUGCCGGGCAACGACGGCAGCCCGCAGUGUGCGGACGCAUGCAUUGAGCGAUGGGUCCCUGGCAAGAAGAGCGGCACUCUCGAGGUCUUCGAGAAGGCCUUCAAUCACACGCUGGACACCUUCAACCAGCAGCUGUACAACGCGUCCGAGGACGACAACGAUAUUAUCCAGGGAGUAUUGGGCAGCGAGUACGCCAUUGGAUUCGUCGGCUACAACUACUAUCAGAACUCCUCUGGGCUCCUCUCCAUGGUGCCGCUGGUGAACCACAUUGAGGAAGCCUUCUGCAUGAUGACUGCUGAGCGGCACUAUCCCUUCGCGCGGCAGCUCUUCAUGAACGUAAACGUGGCAGCUUCAGUGAUGGCGUGGGAUCUCAUCAAUUUCGGUUUCGGUGAUAGAGGGCAGCAUCUAGUUGGAGACGCAGGCGCCUGCCGGAUGAGCGAUAGCUCAGUGCAGGAGGCGCAGCGAUUCAUCACGUCACACUUUGACCCCGCUGACUUCGAGGAAGAGGAGGCGGAGAGUACAUUCGAGGUCUUAUACUUCUGGGUGACAGGGCUCCUGGUCGUCGGAUGCCUGUUCGGCGUAUGCAUGGCCAAGAUCAUGUCGCUGGAGCGGGUCAGGCGGAAGAUGCCGCUGUGCUUCCGGAAGGCCGACGCCCUCGUACCUCUAAUGCGAGACCUCCGCACGGGGAACACCUCGGAAGACAUCAUAGUGGAGAGGCCAUACGACGAUCCGUACGCGGAAGACUGCAGAGCAGACCCGAACAUGCAGUUGUCGAACAUGCUGAAUGCGUGUGGGGCAGAAAUCGGCGGCUACCUUUCCUGGGCGGACGUGCGCGACUUGUGGGCCGCGUCCCCGGGGCUGGGCGCCAAGCUCGAGAGGCAGUCCUCGGUGAACUCGGACGCCCUGCUCGACAGUCUCAUGGAGGAGGUCUGGUCGGCGAUGGACUCGGAGAGUCCGGCAGGCCGAGCGCUGCAGUACUGGUUCAUGCAGGCGCCCUCCCUGCAGUGGUCCCUCACCAUCAGCGGGGAGGCCGUCGUGGCCCUGCUCUGGGCUCUCGGCGCGCUCGCCAGGCCCGCGGUCAUGGGCUGGCACUCCGAGGUGGCGGCCCUGAUCAUGCAGCGCCGCGCCGGCUGCUGGGUCAACCAGCAGCUCGUCCGCGCCCCGGGCGACACCCUCAGCAGGUUCGUGGUCGGCGGGAGGCUCCCGGAGCUGGCGACCUACGUGAGGUGGGCCUACGGCGGCAAUCACCUGGACCUGCGCGCCGCCGACCUGAUCCCCCUGCUCAUGGACCUCGACCCGACCACGACCGCGCACCUGCCCGUGCCCCCGACGCCCGCCCAGGCGCUGCGCUGCGCGCAGGGGCUCUGUGCCCUGGUGGUCGUCGACGGGCAGUACUACUGCUUCCCGCACAGCGCCUGGGAGAGAAGAUGCCGCUCCGACCUGCGGCCUUUCUCCGAGCUAGCGACUGCGGCGGGCCCGCUCUCCGAGGCGCGCUCGAGCCCUCCGCCGAGCGUCCUCGGCGACGGGGCCUCCAAUCCGUCCGACCCGAGCUCCGCAUUCGGCCAGUCCGCUCCGAGGAGCCCGCUGGGGAGGCCUCCCUGCUCGGACCCGGUGCCACCCGAGACGGACACCCACCCAGCAAGCAUGGGCGCUGGUGAGGCCUCGGGCUGCGCGCAGACGGCACCCACGCGGGUGGUGGUCCCUUGCUGGCCUCCAGCUGGCGCCCCCGAGCAGCCCCAGCUGGCGACAGGCCCCCCGAGCAGGCUCAGGAGCCCCCACCUGUGCACCCGCGUGGUGGGCGGCGGCAGCGGCAGCGCGACCCCUGCGGUCGAGUACCGCGUCCGCUGGGCGCCCACCACACCAGCGGAGGCGCGAGCAACGACACGCUCUGAGUGGCCGAAGUCGCGCUCUGGCCUGGCAGAGGGGGAGCGAAGGGUCUGGUCCUAGUGCCUGGCAAGACUGGCGUGGUCGGUCACAAACUCGUCAUUUCCCGAGGUCCAUUCAAGCACCAGGCCGAACGCUAACAGUUCGGCCUUCGGGACACUCUGCUCGGUGCCUACUAGGCAGCGGCAUGCAGAGCCAGGUGUCCGCUUUUCGCUUGGGGCUAGAGCAGCGAUGCCAGCCCCGCAGCGCCCCCGACGGGGAUCCGAAGAGCGCUUUCCCCAGGACCCGUCCUCGUACACCACCGUCCCCCCCUUUCUUUUCCUC